ACUUUGCCCUUUAUUUAUUUACCCCUGUUUCCCCGCCAUGCCUUUUUAAAUAUCUGUGCAUUCCAACCGGUUCACCAAUCCCCCUCUCUGUUUUGCAGUCAAUUGACAAUGGCCGAGCCAAAUCUCAGCUCCAAGAAACGUAAACGGCAUUCUUAUCCAACUCAUCACCCGUUGGCUGGAAUCUUCACUCGUAGCAAAUCUCAGAUUUAUCUUCACUGCAAUCGCUCAGGCCGAGCUCGAGCCGAUUCCACUCGCUUCGGUCUUUAUUCAGCUUCGAAGAUGCCCAAAAAUAUACUAGAUUCUUCCGAUGUUGAUGAUUUAUCUUGCACUGAGGUCAAAGAUCUGCGCGCCGGACACGUUUUUUCAGAUUGUUGUGGUUUCAGUGGAGUAAAUGAUGAGGGAAACAUAAAGGAGAGAUCGGCAAGUGGGUUUGCUUUCAAAUCUUGUUUUGUUGCUGCUGGAGAUUGCGUAGGCGACGCCAAAGUAAGAGAUGAUGAAGAUGAUAUGGAGAAGUUUGAUUCAGGGUUCUGUUCUCAAGUUGUGGGUUGUCUAAAUCCUACAUUAAUUGGGAUUGGGCUUUCAAUUGAAGAGAGCCGAGGUGAUGUGAAAGCGGGAGAAAACGAAGACGAUAAAAUUAAUAAGAAUCAUACUUUGGUCAUGGAAAAGCCAAGAAAUAACGGAGAGUGUGAUAUUUCAAGUGGGGUUGGUAAUUCGAAUGAAGACUGUGUACAGACAACACCACCAGAUAUUGAAUUUUUAGCUGACAAGCAAUCAAAUGGAAGCAAUCAGAAGAAUGAUGGUUGCAUUAGAGAAGCACGUAAUGACAAUGCAGGCAAUGGAAAUGGUACAAAUUCUAGGACGAAACCAGUUUUUAGUCGAUCUCGGGUGAAGCUUUUUAAAACGCCAGGCUCCUUAAGCUAUAGAAGAUUGCUUCCAUUUCUGUCGGGUGCUCUGAAAACGGUUCAGUCUUCCAGAAUUGAAAAGGUUCUAGAAGAAAAGAAAAUCUCAAGUCCUCACAGUCAAGAGGUCUUGCUAAAUGAACCUGAAAAAGAGAGUUGUCCUGGUAAAAGUAAUAAUGUUGAUUCUUCAAGUAUGUUAAACUCAAGGUCCAUGGAUUGCAUUACAGAAUCCUCAAUUUUAUUUGAUUCACAAAAGGAAGUUUGCAUGGGUAGAGACUUCUCUGUGGCUCCAGUUUCACUGGUUGAAUCGUGGUCAAAGCCAAUUCUCAAAGGAGGUAUUGAGGAAUUCAUGAUAAAGAUAUCUGGCAAAGAUCAGAAUUUGAAGAACUCAAGCCAUGAUUUGUGUCUAAAUGAGGACAGGUCCAUCUGCACUAAUUCUUUUUGUGUAGUUCCAAGUGAAAAUGGAGAAUCUGAAACUAGUUAUGCUCGGGAUUGUGAUCCUCAAAACAUGAAAACUUUAAACUGUAGUUCGUCUUCCAUCAUGGAUAACUCUGAUUCCAAUAAUGAUAAUGUAAUUUCUCAGUCUUAUGAUGGUACAAAGCAGUACACUACUGAAGAGCUAGAUAAAUAUGAUACUGGGGAUUCUCCUGUAGGUAAGAAUCUACAUCUUAUGAAUUCCAAUUUGCCCGGUGAAGAACAGAAUAGAAUCUUAAGUUCUUCACUGGGGAUUGAUAAUAACGACGAGGUUCUAGACCAUGCUAACAACUCAAAUGAAGAAUGUGUCCAGAUGACACCACCACAUGCAGAUAUUUUUGUUCAGCCCAAAAUGUUGGAAAAUCAUGGUAGUCCUAGGAAGCGUGCUUUGCAUUCAGUUGAUCAUGUUCUUGGGAAGCCAUUGGAUGGAAACAGUAAUAACUUUUUCAGUUCUAAUGACAAAAGCAUUAAUUCUAAUCCCAGGAGGAAUCUGGUUCUGAAGCAGUGCUCACGGCUGAAGUUAUUAAAAAGUCCAGGUUCAAUGAAUUAUAGAAGAAUGCUUCCAUUUUUGAUAGAUAAUUCAUGUGUUUCUGGAAAAUGUGAUUGCGUGAAACUUCAAAAAGGUCUUGUAGCAAACCUUCUUUCGUCAUCCCCAGUUUCUGUUUGUCAAGAAAUGCCUACUGGAAAUUCUAAUGGUAAUUAUUGCUAUGCUGAGUGUCAUGGCGGCAAUUCUUCUGAUGUGCCAAUCUCCAUCCCAGUGGCUUCAUCAGUUGAUCAAGAAAAACUUUUAUCAUCCUAUCAGCAUGUUAAUGAAUCUCCAGAGCCACUAAACUCACAGCAGAAAUGGGAAGUUUAUUUUAAGCAGAAUAUAUCAGAGACAGAUAAGAAGUUGGAGAGUGACCCUGCAAAUAUGGAAGUAAUUCAUGAAAAUAGACCACUCGUCACACCAUUAAAUUCUCUUUUAAGUUCUGGAUCUUUACCAAGAGAAGAUGCUAAAAUUGUCUCACAUGCAUCAUAUGUAGACAUUUGCAAAUGCUCGGUAAUAGAGUUUUCCAAUGGUGCAAAGCAAACUGAACAAGAAAGGCAACACUUAUCCCAACCUGGAGCCUCUUUUCACUUGGAUAUGCCUGUUAGUGUUCAUAAAAAGGGGAUUCUUAAAAGAACACCUCGAGGAUGCAGAGGCUCCUGCACUUGUUUGAAUUGUUCUUCCUUUCGUUUGCAUGCAGAGAGAGCAUUUGAGUUUUCAAGGAAUCAAAUGCAAGAUGCUGAAGAAGUGGCGUUUGAUUUGAUUAAGGAACUAUCAUACAUGCGGAAUUUGUUGGAGAAAUCCACUUUUGGUGCUGAUGGUUAUGCCGGUGUCUGUGUCAAUCAGGUGAAAGAAGCUUGUAAGAGAGCAUCCAAAGCAGAAGUACUAGCACAAAACCGCCUUGGCCAAAUGAAUUUUGAUCUUGACAUUCACUGCAGGCUUACCUGUGACCAACAACCAAGAGUGAGAUUUGCCAAUUAUGUUGAAGAAAAAUUUAUCGACGAGUCAGCCUCGCCAAGCAGUAGUUUAAUUGGGAGAGAAGGAUUCAAGAGAAGAGAGCUACCAUGAGAUUAAAACUCUGCUGUUUUAUACACAUGCAUUAGUUUGUCGGAUAAGGAAUUUGCUUAUGAGUUAGUUCUGUUGAAGCAUGUAACACACUUGCCUUCAGCAUUAUUUGCACAGAUUGGACAACACUGCAGUGUUAGGCAUUGUUUCAGUUUAAACAACAGAAGAUCUCUCAAGGAUUGCGUUUGUCAAAUCCAAAUUCCAUAUAAAUUUGGUAAGUUCCCAAGCCAGAAAAAUUGUUGUUAUGAAUUCAUUUGUACCAAUUAUUUUGUGUUUAUUUACCUUAAUGUUAAACUGGUGUGUGCAAAAUCUCUGAAGGGCUUUGGAUUGAUGUUAAUAUUGAAAUUUUAAUGUCAAUUAAUUCUAGUGUAAUAAUAUCUUGAUUCAAUUUUAGCAUUAA